GGGGAUACCCUGGCUGAGAUCGACUAUCCCUUUAACGCAGCCGAAAUUGAUUUUGCAGACUACAGCAGCAAGAGUGAUUCGUUACAGGGCUUAUUGGGUAACCUGAUUGAUGGCGGCAAUACCUGGCAGUUGCAGGCCGAGAUCUAUUUUACGCCCCAGCAUGAGUACUAUGAGCUGUACCUGGAUAUGAUGAACGAAGCGCCCUACCUGAGCCGUUCCGUACUCUCUGACCUGAUUGCCCUGGACGGUUUUGACGAUAUGAUGCUGCGCAACGUGCUG